UGUCUCAUGAUGGUUGUCGUCCCCCCUCAAGUGGCUGUGAAGUAGGACUCCAGACCGGAUUAUAGCAGCUGCCGACUGGCAUUUCUGCCCUUAAUUCGCCUUCAACAAACGGCCGGACGACAUCGACAUUGUCUUCCAGCGGGAAGUGUGCAGAGAGGGACCUGUGCAUUAUUGCAGCUUGGCCCUACUAGCCCUCCCUCUCCUGGUACCGUGCCGCUUCCGUCAUCUCUCCUCCAUGUAAGGGGAUGCUGGAGGGACCCAGCCCCCCACGCACCGGCACGCUGAGGCCAGGUUCAAGGGCUGCAGGAGUUUCUAAAACCUCGGUGACGAGGAGUAAUGAAGAGACUUCAUCGGUGAGACUUUCUCUGUCGUUCCUGGGCGGGCACAGUGAGCCACACAGAAGCCCUGGAGGGGGGGCUUUGAAUCCUGAUGACUGAACUCUUUACCUCACAUGAGUUGAAUGAGAAUGGAAUCUGUGGAUCUCAAAAGAACAAAUAUAGAUAAUAUGUGUUCUAUAUUUGUGUAAUAAGGCGCAGUAUUGUGUGAAAUAUAUCUUAUCAGGUUAUCACAUCACAGCCUUGAUCAUUGUGACAUCAUGAUGGUGGGACCCCCCUUCCCCUCGUGUCUCAGGACUACUGCUAUCUAAAAAAAACGUUGGUUCAUCUGUGGGAACAGAGCACCUGUAGAGAGGGUGGUGGUCCUCCAGCAUCAUGGACUACCAUGCUGAGUGCUGCUUCUGUGACCCCGAGGAGGGCUAUGGCAGCCCGGAUGAGCCCCCCCUCCACAGUAUCCACGCUCAAAACCGCAUCAGGCCGUCAUCGUACCGAGCCCUGCGGAGCGCCGUGUCCAGUCUGGCCCGCAUCGACGACUUCUUCUGUGAGAAGAUCGGAUCAGGCUUCUUCUCUGAGGUCUUUAAGGUGCAGCACCGGAUCACAGGCCAGGUGAUGGCGCUGAAGAUGAACACGCUGGCUAGCAACAAAGCUAACAUGCUAAGAGAAGUGCAGCUCAUGAACAGGCUCUGCCACCCAAACAUACUCAGGUUUCUCGGGGUGUGUGUGCAUGAAGGUCAGCUCCACGCUCUGACGGAGUACAUCAAUGGAGGCAGCCUGGAGCAGCUGCUGGACAGCGACCUGCACCUGUCCUGGGCCGUCAGGAUGGGGCUGUCCCUGGACAUCGCCCGGGGGCUGCACUACCUGCACAGCAAGGGCAUCUUCCACAGAGACCUCACCUCCAAGAACUGUUUGGUGCGCUGUGACGGCGGUGUGUUCACGGCGGUGGUGGGAGACUUCGGCCUGGCAGAGAAGAUCCCUGAUUACAGUGAUGGAGGGGGGAAGCAGCCUCUGGCCAUCGUGGGCUCCCCCUACUGGAUGGCACCUGAAGUUCUGAGAGGAGAGCUGUACGAUGAGAAGGUGGAUGUGUUUGCGUACGGCAUCAUCCUGUGUGAGAUCAUCGCCCGCAUUGAAGCUGAUCCAGACUUCUUACCCAGGACAGAGGACUUUGGUCUGGACGUGGAUGCAUUUGAGAACCUGGUUGGGGAUUGUCCAGCUGCGUUCUUCAGCCUGGCUGUCACCUGCUGUAAUAUGAGUGCACAGCAGCGUCCCUCGUUCUCUCACAUUGUGUUCACACUGGAGGGCAUGGAGAGGGAGGAGGAGAAGGAGAAGCCCCUUGCACUUGAGUCACUGUCAGCAAACGCCAGCCCUUACCGGCGCCACAGCUCCCCUUGUCACCCAGGCAACCGCAGCCAGCGACGACAGGGCUUGGCGAGGAGCCAGUCGGACGUGUUACCCCCGGCGACUCUGAGCUCUCCUCUCCUCGGGACCCCUGCACGGGUCAACCCCUUCUCCCUCAGGCAGGACCUGAAUGGGGGGCGCUGUAAACUCUUGGAUACUCCCAGCAAGUCGGUCAUCUCGCUGACCUUCACCCUACCUGCCCUGCGGGACCCCUGCUCCUCCCCCCACCUCCUCAGAGCGCUGCCCCGGAGAUGCCGGUCCCUGCCCUGCACUCCUGAGCUCAGCCGGACUGUAGCCUCACUGAGACAUACUGGGGGGAGGGAGGAGGAAGAGGAACAGGACGUCAGGGUGGAGGUUGACAGGAGGGAGACUGGUGUGAGGUUUCAGGUGGAGCAGACAGAGAUACGUGAGAGGAGAGAGCUGCUUCAGGAGGAUGUAGGUCUGUCUGUGGAGCUGGAGAUGAUGUCUCUGGAGCGGCUGGAGGAGGAGGAGGAGGAAGAGGAGAAGAGGCGAUGUCUGACCGAACCCAUGGACUGUACCAAGUCUCCUGAGUCCGCAGACUCCACACAGACCAACGGCUGGCCGCGUCCCAUCUCCUACGGCCAACCCCCCCUGCCUGCUCUGCUACAAGUGGACAACAACAACGGCUCCGCCCUCGUGAUAGGUCAGCAGGUGCAGUGGGGGAGAGGGGGGCGGGCUAACAGUUACAGCACAGCGCCCAAUCAGUCCUCGGACGCCGGCGGCCCCUCUGAGCCGGAUGAGGUAAUUUCCUGUCCAGGAUGCUGUCUGGUGGGUCUGACUUUUCCCUCAGUGUGCCUCCGUGGAACAGCCGCGAUGCCCAUCCCCCGCCAAAGGGCUUCGUUACCACGGCAGCAACCCUACCGGAACCUCAAUGGUACCAUAACCGGGGUCAGUGUGUCCUCGUCGACAACAGCCGCCACGGCAACCAAAGCUCUGCUGUGUCGCAGCACCAAUGGACUGACAAGGGGAGGGGCGCCAGUCCCAUGUGAGCCCAGCCGCUCCCUGCCCGAGGCCCAGACAUAACUCUGAGUGCAUUGGCAGUACAUGUUAGCGACACACACUAGAUGCUGCUACGCUCACACUGAGCCUCUGACCUGUUGUUAGUGCUGUGCUAACAACAGGGCCUGCUGAGGGGGGGGGCACAUCACUCUGCUCCUCCACACACAGGGACCCACCAGAUCAAAGUGUGUGGCUCAUUUGACCUGCACUAUGGUUUAUUGAAACUUGCUCUUAUUUUGGUAGUUGUGGUUAUCAUCUGUAUUCAGAGUGAUCCCAGAGAUCUGUGAACAUGUGACAUUAAGAAAGAAUAGUCCUACUUAUUUGAAGGACAGUUAAAUGACUAAUGGACGCUGGCUUCGUUUCAUUGUACUAUAGUGAUGUCACCCUGUUCACACUUCUCCACAAUUACUUAAAUAAGUAUAGAUAUAUGGCCAAAACUACAACAUCAUGUUAACCCUAACCCCUUUUGGUAAAUCAUUGUCCGUCCAUUUAUGGAGGAAGUUUAAGAGAAAUAAAAAAUAAUGUUGUUCUGCAUGGCAGCCUCUGUGCUGAUCACACUGCAGUGUGGAGCCCAGCUCAGUGUGGCUGCACACACACCGUGCUGCUCUGCUCUUCAUUCUGACUCUAUAGCAGCUAUAGCUCUAGGAUUUACUUCCUACAUUUUUAUAGAAGGUGUGUGUGUGUGUUUACCUGUUUUUGGGGACCUAAGUGAUAAUAAUGUCAAGUAAAUUGUGUAUUUUUGCACUUGAGUUUGGUACACUUUGCAGUGAGACACCAGACUUUUCACUAAAUGGUGCUUUCCUAUGUGCUACUGAUGUUUUAUAAAUGUGUGUGUACUUCCGAGCCAACAAACUACACAAACCUUUCAUACUUUGACUGGAACACUACUCCCCCAUUCCCCCCAAUGUAUCUGUGUGUACAUGUUUUUUUUAUUACAUGUGAAGCAGGUAUGCAUAAUUAUUGUACAGAUCAUUUCUCACACUGUGUGUGUGUGUGUGUGUCAAAAUAUGUUAAUAAUUUAAGAAAUUAUAAACCUAAGUUCCUAACUGAUGAAAGUAUGUUAAUGCAAGUCUAAUAACACUCUUUUAUUAUUCAUC